CCGGGCCCGCCCCCCCCGCGAGCCACAUGAAGAGGCCGGCCGCGGCGCCGCCCGUGCACGCUGCCAAGAGCCGCCGCCGGGCGGCGGGCCCCGCGCUGGCGGGCCGCGCGAGCAGGAGCGGCGAUGCGACGAUGGACGGGGGGGGUGCGGUCGCCGCCGCGGUGGCGGCCAUCCCGAGCGGCCGCACGCGCACGAAGAUGGAGGUGUUCCGCUCCGCGCUCGAGCUCAUGGGCCGCGGGGAUGAGGCCAUCGGCACCGGCACCCGCACGGUGCUCGGGGGCCACCUGAAGGGGCUCGCGGGCGCGCGUUGCGCUGGCUGGCAUCGCGUCGUCGCGUCCGACGGGGGCUUCUGGGAGAGCCGCGCCGCGGCGCACGCGCAGCUGCGCGCGCUGCGGCGCGAGGGAGCGCGGCCGCAGCUGGGCGAGGAAGCGCGGCUGCACCUAGGGUCGGUGCCAAGCUCGUCGGGUACUACAAGCCUCGGCUACGCGCAAGAGUACCCUUUUGCUGGAGUGGCUUCUGGUGCGGGCUCUUUGGGGCUCCCCGAUCGCCGAGUGCGGUGCGAGAGCAGCAGCCUGCGCGCUUUUGGUUUGCCGUCCUCCCCCUCGCCCCCUUGCGGCGAAGAAC